CUCAGAAGUGUCGCUCCAACUGCAUAAAUCUCAUUCACCAACUCCAAAAAAAACCCAAAAGGUCAGAGACAGAGAGACCCGAUCGAAGUAAAAUGGGUUCGUCGAGUGCUAUGCGAGAGCUGCAGCGAGAACUCGAGUCCAAAGGCAACGAUCUCAGCAAACUCCAGAAAGAUAUCGCAAAGAACCAUCAGGUCAGAAAGAAGUACACCAUCCAGCUCGGCGAAAACGAGCUUGUCCUCAAGGAGCUGGAUUUGUUGAAUGAAGAUGCGAAUGUGUACAAAUUGAUAGGACCUGUACUCGUGAAGCAGGAUUUAGCAGAGGCCAAUGCGAAUGUCCGCAAGCGAAUUGAUUACAUUUCUGCUGAAUUGAAACGUUUGGAUGCAACUCUACAAGAUCUAGAAGAAAAACAAAAUAGUAAGAAAGAUGCGAUUUUAAAGUUGCAGCAAAGAAUUCAAUCUCUCCAGACCGGAAAAGCAAAGGCAUAAAUGCCCUCUACUGGUUUGUGUCUUGCCUAGUUAGUAACAUCUGUGCUUUUGAUCUCUGUUUUUUGAGCAAAACUACUAUUCUAGUCACCAACCCCUACCAUUUUGUUUGUGGAUUUUGAUGAUUGGUUCUUGCAAGGAAAAUGUGUGUUUUUAUUUUUUUUUUUUUUGACAACAUUUUGUGCGAGAUAUGUCAAAGUUUAGGUUGUAUUGUAUGGAGUGCAUCCUUCCUACGCAUCCGAGUCGGUGGACCAAUACGUGUAAUGAGUUAUCCUUGUAUCUGAUAUAUGUAGAUCGUUACAAAAAAUGUUGGCCAUCAGUUGUUACAAUUUAUACUGCUUAAGUUGAACAAGUGUCUAUGCUAUCUGGAAAAAAUAAAAGAGUUGGACUAGUGUCUAGGGCCUGUUUGGUAUAGCUUCUAGCAAGCUAAAAGCUGGUGUAGGUGUUAUGAGCUGCUCCUAUAGCUUUUUUUAUUCUUAUUUAAAAAAAUAAUUAUUUUUUUGGAGUA